AUGGAAGAAGUCAGUGGAGUCACUUUGGACCACUUCACAAACCGAGCCGACCGCCGUCGGGCUCGCCGCCAAUCUUGCAGCCCGUAUCCCCCUCCCGCGUACGGAACGCACCAUCGUGACCGCCUCCUGCUCACGUCGAGCCCGCCACCUCAAGUUUUCACCGCCGAGAGUCUCCACUGCGACGUCAGGCCAACCUCGCAUUCCCGCCCGCCAUCGCUCGCUCGCCGAAGUUCCUCUCUACAACAGCUCAGUUCCCGCAGGCAAGACGACGCCGAGACCGAUCUUCCGUCGACGACACGAGCAUACGUCAUGCUCCAGCGUGUCGUAGCCCGCAACAGGCAGGGUCGUGCUCACGACGAGCACAUCCCAUCGCGCUGCCUCGCAGCUCUUGCAAGUGGCGAGUCUCCGAACGGCUGCGUGUCAACAAGACCUCAGUCACCCCCGACAGGACCUUUCACGCUCGCAAUCGUGCACGAGUGGACCCAACUCACGCCCAACCCAACUCUGGACACAAUGCAGCGACGCCAGACCGCCACCCUGAACCGACUCGAGAUCAUAAUGGCGCAGCCCGACGAAGACACUCCUGACAUCCACGUCCGCCGACUCACCUUCAUUGGUGUCCUUACCUGGGACGACCUCGCGGCCCACGUCGCUCUGUUCUACGACAUAUCCCAUCCCCUCGUCAGCUUCUCCUACUCCCGGCACAACACCACCCUGCCUUCAUACUGGGCGUAUGAAGGCCUGGAACAGGCCCGUGAUCCGAUCGGGCUCGCUGACAUGCUCCAUGUUGCGUAUGAGAUGGGGUCCGUCGAGUUCGCAGUGCUCUCGGCGAUGGCGGGCGGCGGGCAUGCCAUCAUGGGGUUUGGCACCCUGCGAUUCAGCAGUGCAAGGACUGUCUUACCUGGCAUCCACGCACACUCUGCAUAUACGGUGGCUUCGAUCGCGGAGUCAAUUGCUCUACGACACACGGAGGAGUUGCGAGAGUCUAUCGCCCGUUCUGGGAUUCGGCGUGUGCGUCCGACAAACAGAGCUUUGCAAAAGUCACUUGUUCCAGGAGCUCCCCAGGUCCCCGACGCGCUCGGUCACAACGCUAUCAGCCAGAAUCAACUCACAUCAUCUACCAUGAAUGACGGCACACAUCGUACAUCGACCAUUCACGACUCCGUGCGUUCCGACCCGAAUGCAAUACGCUCGACCCCGCUCGACCCGCCCUCGUGA